AUGGACAAUGAUUCGUCCGACGGGCGCCGAGACUCUCAAAGCGUGCGUGAGGAAGGUCUUUCUGCUGAACCUUUAGACAUACAAGUCCCACCGCCCGCCUUAAAUAUCGAACUCCACCGGCAUAUCACAACACUGCCAAGGAACAGUCUGGACGAAGAACUCUUCCCUGAACCUCUUCUGCCCCCCCCUCUACCCAGUCUUCCCCGCAUACCUAGCACUCCCGCUGGGCCUAGUGCGUUGAAUCAGUCUGGUUCUCGAUCGUCAGCGAUGGGAAGUCACACAUUGCCCCCGGGCGCUAGACAUGCAUCCCGAAGGCACUCCACCCCACCUCGAACGUCCAGACACAGCGUGGGCGCGACAAUACCUGUGCGAGUCGACCCGCUAAGGCGGUCAUGGCAUCAAAACUUGUAUAGAAACAUACGUGCAUUCUUCGGACAUGGGGAUCCUGCACGGAAGAGGCUUGUCUCUACCUAUGCACGUGUCAUAUUCUGUGUUGCCCAACUUGCAAUCGUCUGCGUCUUUGCAGCCAUGAGUCGCACCAAGUGGCGAUCCCCCCGUCCCGAAGACAACCAUAUAUCAGAGUGGGACGCAUGUGAUAAACCACUGGGUCCCAUGAGCAUUGUCUGGCUUGUCCGACUAGUUCUGGGAAUAGGCCUAAUAAUUUGGGGUUUCUACCGAACCCGACCAAGACCCGAGGGUGACGUCGAGCACCGUUCGUCGGACAGAUCACGGCGGCAGACAACAACACAGCCGUCCAUCCCUGAAGUGCCCACCCCUCAGACUCCUGAAAGUCAACCAGAAGCUGGGUUGGAUAAUACACAGGCUCAUAAUGGGCCACCGCCUCAGCCUCGCACUGAGUCGGAUAAAUUAUGGGAUAGAUUAAACAAUUUUACCACGAUACUUGUCAUGGUUCAUUUUUCGAUGACGAAUUAUUUCCUCCUUUCAUCCACUCGGACUUGCCGAAAAUCAUCUCCCCAUCUCUGGUGGCUCACCUUCGCCAUCUUGGCUUUGACAUACUUGAUUAUCCUUGAGCUCCUCAUGAUUUGUUUCACGGUAUUCAUUCUGAUGCCUCUCGUAUUUAUCGCUUUGAAUAUCGUCUUGAUUUGCACUGGCCAUCGACCAAUUAGCCCGCGUCAGAUGCUGGAUCCUGGGCAUAUCAGCCCAGAUACCCCUAAGAUGCCUCAAAAGCUUGUCGACAAAAUACCCCUUGUUUUGUAUAUACCUGCUCCGGAGCCAGCCAACAACAGCAACACAGCCAGCAAUGACCAAUCGUUGUCGACAGGGGCAAAUUCCAAAUCUCAGUCCCCGGCUCCUGCAGACCCUGAAGGCGGUGAAGAACAACAUGUUUAUCCCCCAACUGCCGUCCAGUCACCCACUAUAGAAAUUGAAGAGUCCGUCAGAAUGGAGCCAGCUCGUGAUGAACCCCUCGAAGUGAUCUCCCCUAUUUCCCAACUACCUCCCACCCCUGCCCGAACUGUCAAGAAACGGGGCCGUUUCGCUUUCCUCCGCCGUCACAGGUCAUUGCAAAGGAACAUAUUAUAUCCCUCCCAGCCUGGCGACUCCUCACCAAAAGUAGAUGAAGGAGAUGAAGAAUGGGAGGAUUUAUGGGAAAAGUCUAAAUUGCCGUUCGUCAGGUUGGAAGGAAACCGAGCUGCCUGCGCCAUUUGUUUGAUGGAUUUUGACGAGCCACCGAGAAAAAAGGAUCAAGAGACAAAGAAUGGAGCUUCUGACCCUUCAUCUUCGUCUGCUGCUCCUACCUCUGACGCCAAUGGACCGAUGGCGAGCCAAGCAGCGCCAGGGGAGCCUGAGCCUCUUCGAUUGUUGGAAUGCGGACAUUGCUUCCAUAAAUCAUGCGUGGACCCAUGGCUGACAGGUGUAUCAGGCCGAUGUCCAACUUGCCAGAGGAAGGUUGAGAUAAAAGGUCGUUUUCGUAACAAGUCGUCAUCGUCAAGGAAUCGACAGUAG